UGGAGGCCGUGAUAAACUCGCCUGGUUAGGCUUAGUGAGAGGAGCGCCCCAGCGGGCGUGGCUCAGCGAGAGCCGCAAGGUCCCGGGGAGAGCAGCAGCGAGAGCUGGGAACAAGGAAGGGAAGUCGAAUCGGAAGGUGGGGAGGAGAAAGGGAAUUUUUAAAAAAAACACACAAAUGGGUAAGGAAACGGGGACAAUGGAGAGCGCGGUGAAGUUUGAGGAUGACGAAUUUUUAAAACCGAUCAGAGUGCUUCCUGACCGGGAAGGAACACCGCCCGAGGAGAGGGUGCACCACCAGCGAGACCCCUACGGGAUAAAUACUCAUGUGAAGGUUUGUUUCGAAGAUGUGAUCGCAGAACCUGCUGCCACGCAAAGUUUCGACGGAGUCUGGAUUUGCAGCCACGUCUCGUUCGAGUUCACUAAGUUCGUGCUGUACAAAGUGCUCACUCUGGUUCUCGCCAUCCCCCUCGCCUUCGUCAUUGGCAUUCUCUUCGCAAUCCUAAGUUACAUCCACAUUUGGUUUCUUAUGCCCAUUGUGAAGACAUUUAUGGUUAUCCUGCCCUCCUGUAAAACCAUCUGGAAAACGAUCAUGGACAUGUUUGUUUCUCCUCUGUAUCAGAGCAUUGGACGCUGCUUCUCUGCCAUCAAUUUACGCUUCACUCGAGCUUAAGAAAAUAAGAAAAAGAUGAUUGGUAAUCAAAGAGGACAACCUCUUACACAAAAGGAUUUCUUCCAGAUGUUAAAAAAAGACUAACAUUAGCUAUUCUUCUAUUUUUCAUUCCAAAUACACUUCAAAACGCUUGACAUCUUUUUUUAAAAGUAUAAUACGCACUUUUACAAAUAGUUUAUUUAGAAACAUGCAUACUAUGUAAGUUAAAUUUUCUAUUAUGCACCAGGAUGCACAUUUUCUCUGGUAAUAAUUAAGGAAGGUUUUACAAAGAUAUUGCUGUGCAAUAAUUACAUUUUGUAUUAUAUAUCAAGAAAUGCUCAUAUGCCCUCAAUAUGGUUUUGUUAAAGCAAAGUCUGAUCAUUUAAAAAGAAACAACGAAACAACUCUAAACUUUUUGAGGUUUGUAAAUAGAUUUUUCAGUAAUUAUUCUGUCAGUUGAAGAUGUUGCAGGGCAAAGCUAGAUAAAUAUUAUUUUUACAAUGGCUUCAGGCCCAACAAUAACUGUUGAGGCUGUAUUAUUUGCAAAAUUAACAAGAUUUGCAUAAUAAUCAAUCAUAAAAAAUCUUAUGGUACAUAAUAUAUUUUCAAAAUACUUCCCUAGACUUAACCAAUAUGAUGAAGGACUUGUGUAGUUUGUAUACUUAACUCACUAGCCUGGUGCGUUGCUUAUCUAUUAGGAGAAAGUGAGGACUGCAGAUGCUGGAAAUCAGAGCUGAGAAAUGUGUUGCUGGAAAAGCGCAGUAGGUCAGGCAGCAUCCAAGGAGCAGGAGAAUUGACGUUUCGGGCAUAAGUUCUUCUUCAGGAAUGAGGAGGGUGUGCCAAGCAGGCUAAGAUAAAAGGUAGGGAGGAGGAACUUGGGGGAGGGCGUUGGGAAUGCGAUGGAUGGAAGUAGGUUAAGGUGAGGGUGAUAGGCCGGAGAGGGGGUGGGGGCGGAGAGGUCAGGAAGAAGAUUGCAGGUCAAGAAGGCGGUGCUGAGUCCGAGGGUUGGGACUGAGAUAAGGUGGGGGGGAGGGGAAAUGAGGAAGCUGGAGAAAUCUGCAGAAGUCCCUCCUCCCUACCUUUUAUCUGAGCCUGCUUGGCACACCCUCCUCAUUCCUGAAGAAGGGCUUAUGCCCAAAGCAUUGAUUCUCCUGCUCCUUGGAUGCUGCCUGAUCUGCUGUGCUUUUCCAGCAACACAUUUUUCAGCGUUGCUUACCUAUCCAUGUUAUAGAUAUGUGCUUAAUGAUUGCAUUUAUAUCAAAUGAGCUACAUUAGUUUUCCAUCCCUUGGUACAUUAAGUUUAAAAUCUUUGCCUUCAUCUUCAAGUGAAAAUUAUUACUUUCACCUUUAAAUCCUUCCAAAGCCUGCCCCUACUUUAUUCCACCUUCAUUGAGUUUUAGAUUUCCUCAUUCAUUCUUUAAUCUUCAAUUAUCUUUUUGUCCAUUGCUAUCCUCUUGCUCAACUAGUGGGAGCUGAACUAUCAGACACCACCAUUCUAUUUAAUGGAUAAACUUCCCUGGAACAUCUGCCUGUACUCAUUAUACAUUUCAAACACUUCUUAAAAUCCAGUCACUGCUCCUAAUGUCUUCCUUGAUGAUUUGUCAUUCUUCACUUAUUUAGUCCCAUUUUCUAGUUUUUCUCUGUAAAUUACAUUCGUUAUUUUUUAAUGAAGAAUAAUAAUCUGGUUCAGGAUCUUUGGCCUGUUUUCAUUGGAAUUUAGAUAAAGAAGAAUGAUCUUAGUGAAAAAUAAGAGAUUCUGAGGGGGGUUAAUGGAUAGACACUGACAGGAUGUUUGUCCUCAGGGAAUCUAAAACUAGGAACUACAGUUUGAAAAUAAGUGGUCUCCUAUUUAAGGUACGGAUGAGGCUGAAUUUCCUCCCUCCGAAGGUCAUUAGCUUUUCCACAGAGCAGUGGAGUCUCGGUAAUUGAAUGUACUCAAAGCUGAACUAGGCAGAUCUUUAUUUGACAAGGGAGUUAAUGCUUCUGGAUGCUAACAGAAAAAUGGAGUUAAGGACACAAUCAGAUUGGACAUGAUCUUAUUGAUUAAUAAAGCUAAUUUGAGGGGCCCAGUAAUGUACUUCCACUCCUAUUUCCUCAUGUUCUUAUUUUUAGUUAUUAUUUAUGUGUUUGAAUAUCCAAAAGUAAUAAUUUUAAUUAACAGAAUGGGAAUCAAAAUAAUUUCAUCUGUUUCUGCUUAAAUGAUUAGAAUUACUUUAAUUUCACUAUAUCAAGUGGAUGUGAUUCUUUAAAAUCAGAAUACAUAUGCACACUUCUUUGUUAUAAUGCUGUAUAUUGUAACUUUAUAUACCAAUAUUGUGCUACUGUAACACCAAUUAAUGAUGAUGAAAUGUUGAUAAUCUUUAAGAUGUUGUAUUUUCAGCACUUGAAAAGAUUAUGCACUGCACUUAUGUAAUGGAUUCUAUACAAAUCUAUCUAAUGUUUAUGCAUCAGCGGAGCAUCUAUGUUGGUGCUUUAAAAGAUUGACCUCUGUGCAGAUAUUGUACCUGGUUCAGAUUUAUUUUGAGGUAUCAUUACAAAGUUACAAAUUUAAAA